AUGGUCCCUCUGCGGCGCCCGUCCCAGAGAAGCCGCCGCAGCUUCGACGAGCGCAACGCCUACGCAUGGCAAGACGAGCGCGAUAACCGCAUCAUGACGGCCACCUUCCCCAUCCAUCCCAUCGCCUCGAUGCAGGCGCCCUUUGAGGAGUCGAUGCUCGAUGCCACCGGCGAAACGGGCCAUGUCCCCUUUGUGAGCCCCAAGAAGGGGGUCAAGACCCGUCAGCAAUUGCUGUGCCGAGAGGAGAAGGCCCUCGAGCCCUCGUGGAACUUUACAUAUAGCUGCCAUUGGAGACACAACCCACAGGGCAAGUUCCACACCCUGACCAAGACGAUUGCGCAAAUCAUCUUCGGCGUCCACCUGCUGCACCAGCACCUGGAAAAGUCGGUGGCCGAUGUCGCCGACAUCCUGCUCAAGCAUGUCAACGAGCUCGACAGCUUCCUGCAGCGUGCCAACGAGGACCUCGAGAGCAGCAUGAAGGACAUGCUGUUCCGCCACAAGUGCCUCAAGGUCCCCAUGGAGCACGUCAACGAAUUCGACCGCCUGCUCGAAGACCGCUCGUAUCGCGCCCAGCUCCUCGAAGGCAACGUGGUAAUCGAACGCACCAUUGGCCGCAUGUCGACGCUGCUCAACGACUAUCUCAUCGACAUCAACGUCUUCCGAGAGGCCAACCAGGAGCUCGACAUGUACUUGGCCGACGUGGGCGACGCAUGGACAUAUCGAAAUGAGGACAUUGGCCGGAUAUACUCUGCCAUGUGCGGCAACACGGGCGGCUGGUCGCAGUUCUUGCAGAGCCUCGUCGCCAAAGCAGAGCGACUGGGUGUUGUGCUUGUGCAAGUCAGCAGCUACUGCAAUGAAAUCGAAAAGCGUUGUGGUGCCGCUAGUCGCCGAAGUUUGAUUGCAACGCGAACAUCGUCGCGAAACUCGUCCAACUCGCGUGAUGGCCGCUCAUUCCGAAAUUUCGCCAACAACAAACCUCUGCCUACGCCGCCUCCGGAGCGCCCGCCUUUUAUGAGUGCUUCGUCUUCAGGCCGCGAGACGCCAGCGAGCCUGGGAACCCCCCAGCGACAGUCGACCAUCAAGGCCAAAACUCAGCACCACCCAGAAACGGCGAAUGCACCCGACUCUGCCACAGAGACACCAAAGCGGAGCGAAGAUUCGUCAUCCGUAUCCGCCAAAUCCACUGCCGACGUAGAGGGCCGGCGGCAGGCGGACCAGCCCGAGUUUUACCAGGAAUUCUGGUACAACGACGACCAACGUGGAAGAGCCACACCGCUGGCAAAGCCCCGUAGCACACACCAACUCGCGGGACACCAACAGAGCUCGGCACCAUCGAAUCUGGUUGCAGAAGAGCAAUCGUCGGCAACAAGGCACACGUACGCGAAACCAGGCAAUGACGAUUGCAGUCCUCCUUUGACCGGAAAGGACUCUGCUUACUCUUCUGUUUCUAGUGCGUCGGCCAUGUCGCCCGAUUAUGCAUCGCCGCGUUCAGCCUCGUCCAUGUCGUCGCGACAAACGGCACAGUUUGGCCUGUUUCCUAGCAGAAACCUUAGCGCUCCAAAGAGUCCGGCUUCCAAUCAACUCGGCAGCACAGCAGCGUCUCCCGCUCUCGAGCAGUCCGACUCGUUUUUGAAGCCGGCCGACUUGCCCCACCGUCCUCAUACCUCCUUGUCUAGCUAUGCAGAUGUGUUGCCCAAGCGGCUGUCCAAGCGGAGUAGCUUCACCUCGCUCAAGCGUCUCUUCACAAAAAAGAAGUCGGGUGAUAUAGAAUCUAUUGCCGAGUGA